GCCCGUUGACACAUUCGCUGUGGGCUUGAGCUGUCAACGCAGCAAGCUUGUUCCCCGGACGCCGGGCAGAAUCAGAAAAUAAACAACGCUCCGCAAACUCGCAGCAUCCAACCAUGAUCGACAUCAGUCGCUGCUACUACACGACGAUACACUCGCAAACACUGUCGACCGAUGGCCGGUUCCUGUUUUGUGGCAGCAAUUUCGGGGAAAUAUUUUUGUUCAGUGUGGAACGGAUAACGUCCUGCAAUGCGGCGGAUUCGCCCCCGCUGGAGCUGGACCAACUGCCCACCGUUCCCCUGCAGACGCUCUCGGUUACGGACCGCUGUCCCAUCUACAGCCUGUCGUUUCACAAGGACUUCCUGAUCGUGGGAUUGAACGGGGAGAUAUGCGGCUUCCAGUGGUCGAGCAAAGCCGGCACGAUUGGCAAGAAGGCUUGGACGGUAAAGCUGCCAGCCCCGCCCGAGAGCGCGGACAUGAGCGAAGUCAACUACAUGUGGCUGAACGCAAAGGACGACAUGCUGUACGCCGGGUGUGGUGAUAAUGUGCUGUACGGAGUGUCCCUGGAGGAUGGGAAAGUUUGCCGAGAGUUCCAUGGCCACACGGACUACAUUCACUGCGUCAGUGGAUGUGUGGGCAAGCUGGCAACUGCUUCCGAGGAUGGGUCCGUGCUGCUGUGGGACAGCCGGCAGAAGACGUCGUACGCCAAGAUUGAACCCUACACUAAGCCAGCCCUACAGCGGUCCGAGUUUGGCCGUUGGCAGGGCACGGUAGCCAUGACCGAGGAUUGGCUGGUAUGUGGCGGUGGUCCACGAUUCUCCCUCUGGCAUCUGCGGUCGCUCGACUGUACGGCCGAUUUCGAUUUCCCCGACCGCGUGCACGUGUCCGGGUUCGUGGACGAUCUUAUCUACGCCGGUGGCGACUGCCGGAAGUUCUACCAGUACAACUUUAACGGUGAUGUGACGGCCGAAAUACCCACCUCCGGCUCGUCCGUCUACAGUGUAGCGCUGCAGACGGAACCGUACCGAUUCUUGUCGAUUGCCGGCGCCUCCGCACAGAUCGAUGUGUGCACCAACUUUUCCUACCGUGAUAUCAUUCUCAACACGUACGCGAAACGGUAAGGGGCCAGCGCUUUUGUUGUGGUUUAGCAUCAAUCCUUUUAUUCCUGAAACUGACGCAAAAUGUACAAAACACAAGCAUAUGGAGCAAAACUAAAUAAACUCGAUCGGGAGGGUGUCCGCGCACCCCAAUACCAA